CAUGCUGCGAAACAACAGAUCAGGAAUCUCUGAGACAUCUAGGAGGUAGGUGAUAAGUUCGAUAGACAGACAUCAAAUUCCUCGUCACCCAAACUAGGUCGCUAUUAAUGUCUUGUUGAUAACAUAGUUUCCUCAAUCCCUACAACUAUACUCUGAGACUCGCCACUAUAAAAAAUUUGUUACUCCCAUUCAUCGUGGUUGACUUUAUUGGGGUUUUGAUUUUUGAUGAAAAAUCUGAUUUUGUUUAGUGGGUUUCUGUUAAUUUGAUUGGAUUUGUAGUUUUGCUUACCAAGAUUUGACCAUGGGUAAUGCUUCUUCAAUGUUGACUCAGUAUGAUAUUGAGGAUGUUCAAGACCACUGCGACCAUCUAUUUUCACAGCAGGAAAUAGUGUCACUGUAUCAGAGGUUCUGCCAACUUGAUCGGAAUUCAAAGGGUUUUAUAUCAGCUGAUGAGAUUCUGUCAGUUCCAGAAUUUGCAAUGAAUCCACUCUCUCAGAGAUUGCUUAAGAUGGUGGAUGGGUUGAACUUCAAGGAUUUUGUGGCAUUUUUAUCAACCUUCAGUGCUAAAGCGAGCAUGGCACAGAAAAUUGAACUUAUCUUCAAAGUAUAUGAUUCUGAUUGCAAUGGGAAGGUGACCUUUGAUAAUAUAAUGGAAGUGCUUCGGGAUUUAACUGGGUCAUACAUUUCUGACAAGCAACGAGAGGAAGUGUUGAGCCAGGUCUUGCACGAGGCUGGUUAUACAAAGGACUCAUUACUGCUGUUGAAUGACUUCAUUAAGGUUAAUUCACAUUUUCUGGACUGAGAAUACAAAACUUUAGAUCAUGGACCAUCCUGGUUUGAAGAUGGAGGUUGAAGUACCAAUUGACUAGUUGCGCCUGCGAUUUCAUUUACUACAAUUCAGAUGUCUCUGUGUACAAGUUUUGUUGAAUUCGUGCACCUGCAUUUACUAAACGCUUUCAGCUUAUUCAGUAGAUCUUGAAUAUGCUAUAAUUCUCAUUUUUUCA